AUGCCCCCACCACCCCGCAUCCUCGACUCCCACAUCCACCUCUGGCCGCACUCGUCCACCAACCCAGCCGGCCACGCCUGGAUGGCCCCCGACGGGCCCCUAACGCGCCAAUUCUCCCUCUCCGACUACCUCGCCGCGUCCUCUUCCUCCACCACCUCCUCCACCCCCGCUCCCUCCCGCGUCCUCGGCGCCGUCUACAUCGAAACCGACCGCACCCUCACUCCGUCCCCCUCGAUCCUCACCCGCGCCGCCCAACCCCUCGCCGAGCUCCGCUGGCUCCGCCGCCUCGUCACCGGCUCGCCGCUCCCCGGCGAAGGCUUCGCCGGCGCCGGCGGCGACGGCGACGGCGCGUCGCUGCUGUGGGGCGUCGUGCCGUGGUUGCCGGUGGACGGGACGGUGGGCGAGAUGCGCGAGUACGUGCGGGCGGCGGAGGAGGCGGCGGGGCCGGAGGCGUGGGCGAGGGUCGUCGGGUGGAGGUUUUUGCUGCAGGGGAGGAGGGACGAGGGGGCGUUGGGGGAGGUGUUGGGGGGGGAGGGGUGGGUGGAGGGGGUGAGGGAGGUGUUGGUGCGUGGGGGGAAGGGCGGGAAGGGGUGGUGUUUUGAUGUCGGGGUGGAUGCGGGGGGGGCGGGGGCGUGGCAGGUGGAGAGGGGGGUGGAGGCGUGUGAGAGGGUGAAUGAGGGGGUGGGGGAGGGGGAGGAGGGGGUGCGGUUCGUGUUGAACCACCUCUGCAAGCCCGACAUGCAACAACACCCCACCACCCCCGCGCAACUCGACGCCUUCGCCCGCUGGGCCGCCGCCAUCCGCCGCGCCGGACGCUCGCCCCACACGUACAUGAAGCUCUCGGGCGCCUUCUCCGAGAUGGGCCCCGACUCGGCCUCGCUGUGGACGGAUCCCGAGCGCGUGCUCGCGCGCAUGCGGCCCUGGCUCGACGUCCUCUUCGACGCCUUCCCGCCCGAGCGCAUCAUGUUCGGCAGCGACUGGCCCGUGUGCAACGUGCAGGGCGGCGGGGACUCGGCGUGGAGGUGCUGGGUGAAUGCCGUCGAGCGCAUCCUGGACGCGUACGGCUUGACCGAGGAGCAGCGGGAUCGCGUCUGGUACGGGACGGCCGUUGAGGCGUAUCGGUUGACUCCGCCGGGGGAGAAGGCGUGA